GUCGUCGGAGAAGCGCAUGAAGCAUCAGUGUGAAAGAGCCCCCGUGGUGAACACAUGUUCCGAGUCGACCGUCCUGAUCCAUCUCUCGCUCGCCGACUACAUCAAUCCUUCUCUUCCCCAUCUCCUCUCUUAACCCCCGGCUUCUUUUCACCUCCCUGUCUGGUGUUUCCCGCCCUGCGCAAUCCCUCAUUGCCUUCUACCUCGCCUGCCUCUUUACGUUGCCCAUCAUGACUGCUCAGGAAGACAGCUCAAGCGACAACGUGCCUUCGCCCAUCAACGACAAGGACCCCUCCUCCCAUGUCGAGCAAAUCCAUACCAACGAGAAAGUACCAGGCCAUCCUGGGUACUAUGAGAAAGAUGGUCUGCGGACGUAUGGUGACGAUGAAGACCAUGACCACGAGCCGCCGAUGACCGUUCCGAGAGCCCUCAGCUUGGUCGCCAUGGCUUUCUUGUGGACUGGCUCCCAAAUCCCUGUGUACAUCCUCGGUGGUGUCCCGCCAUACAUCUAUGCCGAUAUUGGUGGUGUCGACCGAUGGAUUUGGUUCGUCCUGGCUUACCUUCUGGCUUUGGCCGCCAUCUGCCCCUUCGUUGGGUCGAUUUCCGAUCUCGUUGGAAGACGUUGGGUGGCACUGGGAGGUUCGGGGUUGCUCAUCGUUGCCAUGAUCAUUUGCGGUACAGCGCACAGCAUGGGCGUGUUCAUCAUGGGCAUGACUUUCUCCGGAAUCGGGGCUGGUAUCUGUGAGCUUACCUCCCUCGCCGUCACGGCCGAGCUCGCUCCAACCCGCAAACGAGGAAAAUAUGUCUCCAUCCUCGUCUUCACCAUCAUCCCCUUCUGCCCAUCCGUCCUCUGGGGUCAGUUGAUCGCCUCGCACGCUGGCUGGCGAUAUUGCACCCUUCUCUGCGGCCUCUGGGCAUGUGUCGGCUUCGUCGGCACCUUGGUCUUCUAUUUCCCUCCGGCUCGACCAAACUCCCGCGGUCUCACCAAGAAGGAGAUUAUUGACGAGAUCGAUUUCGUGGGUGGGUUCCUCUCCAUCACCGGGAUGAUCCUGUUCCUGGCCGGUCUGCAAUGGGGCGGCUACCAAUACCCAUGGCACUCCGCGCACGUCCUGGCACCUCUGAUUAUCGGCGGAUUUUUCCUGCUGAUUGCGUUCCCGAUCUGGGAGAUCAAGUUCGCCAAAUUCCCAAUGUUCCCGUCAAGAAUGAAGAAAGAAGCCAGAAUCCUCACGCUCACCUUGAUCAUCACCGCCAUCUCGGGAGCCAACUUCUUCUCCGUCAUCAUGUUCUGGCCCACCCAGGCCUUCAAUGUCUACGGUCACGAUCCGGUGGGAGUUGGUGUUCGAGGAAUCCCGAUCGGCUUCAGCAUUCUCACUGGCGCCUGCGUCGUGCUAUGGCUGCUUUCCGUCUUCCGAGGCCACAAUCGCGAGUUGAUGAUCAUCUCGUCAGUGCUUAUGACAGCCGGUUGCGGUGCGCUUGCCGUCGCCACUCGAGACAACCUGAACACCCUCUGGGGCCUACUGAUUCUGGCCGGUCUCGGCAUCGGCGGUAUCGUUGUUCCUGCAUCGAUCAUAACCACGAUCAUCUGCCCGGACGACAUCAUCGCCACGGUUGCCGCUCUUACCCUGUCAAUCCGUGUGAUUGGUGGCUGCAUCGGCUACACCGUGUACUAUAACGUCUUCCUCAACAAGUUUGUCCCCAACGCCACAAAGUACAUCGGUGGCACCAUGGCUCUCGAGCUCGGCAUCACCAACACGAGCUACAUCGGCGAGGCCAUCGAAUACACUGCAGCCAGUCUGUUGCCUCUCCUCAAGACAAUCCCUGGAAUUGCCGGCAACGACACUGCCUAUGAAAUGGUCGUGGUGGCCGGCCAAGUCGCCUAUGCGGAGUCGUACAAGUACGUAUAUUUGACGAGUAUCGCCUUCGGGUCGAUUUCGAUCUUGGCCAGUGUCUUCUUGGGAAAUAUCGACAAGUAUAUGGACGACCACGUCGCCGUCGUCAUGCACUAAGCUGCGAUGUAGCUUUGUCGUCGACGAGGAGAAUGGUCGCCAGGAGAUCUGCUGUCGGUGAAAGAGCUCCAGCAAUGAUCCUGGAGGGAGCCGAGAACGUUUUGAUGCGCUCGUUUGGCAUUGCCGCGAGAGCGCCACCACCACUUCCAGCUCUUGGCCUCUUACCCGGGCUGGGGAUCAUCGUGUGACCCUUCGAAGGUCAGACUGUCAGUGGGUAGACAUAGACUGGCAUAAAUAUAUAAGAACAUCCACCAAUGGAUCAAUGUCUCGUUCAGCUGUG